ACCCCAGGCCCGUCCUGGGCGGUCCGGUGCUGCCAGAGAGGCCCCACGGCGGCGUUUGAGGCCCGGAGAAGGGGCUGUAAAGGGGCCUGAGGAGGGAGGGCCCUGCCAGAGACUGGGCCGGGAGGUUUCGUUAAUUCACUUUCCCAAAAGGCUGGUUUGCAAAUGGAGAAUCUGGCCCCUCGAGGAGUGAGGCAGUGAUGGCGGACUGCUACACAGAGCUGGAGAAGGCGGUUGUAGUUCUGGUGGAAAACUUCUACAAAUACGUGUCUAGGCACAGCCUGGUCAAGAACAAGAUCAGCAAGAGCAGCUUCCGAAAGAUGCUUCAGCACGAACUCAACCACAUGCUGACGGACACGGGGAACCGAAAAGCUGCUGACAAGCUCAUCCAGAACCUAGACGCCAACCACGAUGGACGCAUCAGCUUUGAUGAGUACUGGACCUUGAUAGGAGGCAUCACCAGACCCAUCGCCAACCUCAUCCGCGAGCAGGAGCAGCAGAGCAGCAGCUAAAGACCCGCCACCGUCCCCUCAUGGCACUGCCCCAAUGCCCGGCCCCUCGUGCUCUUCCCAGCCUCCUGCCCACCCAGGCCCUGCCCUCCCUUCUCCCUC